AUGGAGGGGAUGUUAGAAGCUGUUAAGAAGGUCGCCCUGGAGAAAUUUCCACGUAAAUCAGACCGGAAAAUUCAGUAUGGUACAGCAGGAUUCAGAACAAGAGAGGAAUAUCUUGACCAUGUCUUAUACCGGAUGGGUGUCCUGGCUGUCCUCCGAUCUCGUACCAAAAAAGCAAUUAUUGGUGCUAUGAUUACGGCGUCCCAUAAUCCCGAGGAAGACAACGGUAUUAAACUUGUUGACCCUGCGGGGGAGAUGUUAGAGGCUUCAUGGGAAACACACGCCACCUUCCUGGCUAAUGUUACCGAUGAAGACAUUCCCUCUGCCGUCAAAACGAUUGUUUCACAAGAGAAUGUUCCGAUGGAUGUAGCAGCCUCUGUGUAUGUUGCCAAGGACACCAGAGCGAGUAGUCAGAGACUUUCCGAAGCUUUCCAAUGUGGAGUUCAGGCAGCAGGGGGCACAUGUAAAGACUACGGAUUGUUGACAACACCACAGCUUCACUACAUGGUCCGAUGUGUUAACAGUAAUGGACAAUAUGGCCAAGCUACAGAGGAGGGAUAUUUUCAAAAAUUGACAACAGCUUUUUGUAAACUAAGGAAACAGAUGGGAAAGAAGGAUGAUAGUUCAUACAAAACUGCGCUCAAGUUGGACACAGCUAAUGGUGUUGGGGCUUACAAAGCCCACCUGCUCACUCAGUACAUCAGUGACUAUCUCACUAUUGAUAUUUGUAACGAUGGAUCAUCAGGAAAGCUAAAUUACCUUUGUGGGGCAGACUAUGUUAAGGUGAACCAGAAACCAGCUGAUGGGAUGACUCUCAACAGUAACUGCAGAUGUGCUUCCUUUGAUGGGGAUGCAGACAGAAUAGUGUAUUAUUACGCAGAUCAAAAUGGUACAUUUCAUCUGAUGGAUGGUGAUAAGAUAGCAACUCUGGUGGCAGGCUAUCUACAGGAGCUCCUAAAUAGAUCAGGUCUUUCACUCAACUUGGGCCUGGUUCAGACAGCGUACGCCAAUGGCAGUUCGACUGUAUACAUCACUGACACUCUGAAAGUACCAGUAGCGUGUGCUGCGACAGGAGUUAAGCAUCUUCAUCAUCGCGCCCUUGAGUUUGACCUUGGUGUUUACUUUGAAGCCAACGGACAUGGAACAGUUUUGUUUAGUGCCAAUGCUUCGAGUCAGAUACAAAAAGCAGCUACCGAUAACAGUUUGUCAGGGAUACAACGAGAAGCAGCUGUCCAAAUGUGUACAGUCAUGGAUCUCAUCAACCAGACUGUGGGUGAUGCUAUAUCAGACAUGCUCCUUGUGGAGGUCAUUCUAGCAACCUAUGGAUGGGAGAUCAAUAACUGGGACAGUGCUUAUGUUGACCUUCCAAAUCGACAGCUCAAGGUCAAGGUUAAAGAUCGUACUGUCAUCACUACAGCUGAUGCCGAAAGGACAGCAGUAACUCCUGAAGGUCUACAACAGGCUGUAGAUAGCCUAGUAGCCAAAUACAAACAUGGCAGGUCAUUUGUCAGACCAUCAGGAACAGAGGAUGUAGUGAGAGUAUAUGCUGAGGCAGACACACAGGAGAAUGCAGACAAACUAGCAAAUGAGGUUGGCCUGGCAGUUUACAGUAUGGCUGGUGGUAUUGGAGACCCUCCUAAAACUUCCUGAUGAAACACCUUGAUAUGAAUUUCAAGAAAGAAUUGAAAACAGCUGCAGGUCAGAGUGGUAUACUAUUAGCAGUCUUCUUGGAUUUGGCGGUGUUUAUCAUAAUUGCUAUAAGCAAUUCAAGUCUAAGGGCCAGAGUUAAAUUGCUUGUUGAUAUAUAGUUUCCACGAUGAAUGAUAAUUAUUGAAGACAUAAACAACUGAAGGCUUUGAGGUUGGCCCUCCUCUUGUCUCUGAGUUCCCAGGAGGGACGAUAAUUACUGAGGAUAUAAACAACUGAUUUGGUGAUUUUUUUUUCUUCUUUUUACCAUUUUAUUUAAUUCAGUGAUCAAUGAAGAACUUCAGUUACUUUGAAAUAUUACUGUAGAAAUCACAUAGCUAUUUCUGGGUCAGGUUCAUUAAGAUUUUUUUUAUACAUCACUGUUCUGUUACUCAGCAAGACCAUAUAAGGAAAUAUUGUAUUAUCAAGAAAUUUUUGCACUGUGUAAGUUUUGCAAAAAUUCGAAAAAUGUAACUUUUGAAAGGUUUUGCUAUUUAAUUUUUUGUGAUUUAACUGUCUCAGAAAUUUAAAUGCCUCUUUCGAAGACUUUUAAUACUUCAGAAUGGACAUACAAACCAAUGUAGAUUCUAACAUAAACUGGAGAUGUGAUUGACCAAUCAUACUGAACAAGAGAUUUAAGUACCGCCCAUCAUUUAUUUAUUAUAGAAGUGUUUACAUCUAGAAAAUGGAGAGGUACAUAUACAACCAUACAAAUUGUGCUGAUGUUGCAAUUUCAAUUUUGCAAAUUAGAUACGUACAAAUAACAUUCGAUAUAUGGUAUGACAUCAUCAAGAUUACAAUUUGUUAUUGUUGGAAUGUGAUUUGAUGCAAGGUAAAAAGUCUUUCGAGUUCCCUUUCCAUUUGUAAGAAACAUAGGGUAUUAGACCUCUGGUGAAAGACACGUUACGGUCCUGCUUCCAUCCAAUGUUUCCAUUCUUCAAUCGGAUUUUGAUUAUUUAUACUGGUAUGUAUUUCAAAAGCUUUAGAAUUCACAUAUGGAUUGUCAGACAUUGUAUCAUUUCAAAAUAUUCAUUAUAUAUACACCUGGUGUUUACCAAGUAAAACUGGCCAGGAUUUCUAACAUAUUUGCAUAUGAUAUGCAGCUACAUUUACAUAUUUGCUAGUAGCAAUAUCUAUAUGUAAGUAGGAAAAUGAUCUUAUAUAAGCUAUCAAUUUAUAUGCAAAGUAAGUGAUUUGAUUUUUUAAUUACAAUAAUUAAAAUGAUAACAAAUUUAAUGGAUUUUUUUUAUUUAACUUGUGAAAUGGAGGUAAAAGAAGUGAAAUAAAAAAGUGUCUUGAGGA